CUCCAGCCCUGAGGGCACUUUGGGAAGGAGGGCGUGGUAGCCGCGGGAAUUAGAGGGGGCAAGAGAAACCCUCUCUAAGUGACGCUCCAAACAGGUCCGGAUUUAGAAUUCGAAGCUAAAGGCUGCUAGAAAUUGGGACUCCUCGGCCUCCUCUGCACACCCCCCUUUUCCCCGCCCCGAAGCCCAGGCGGUUUGCUGGCUGCCUGCUUCCCCGCCCCCGGCUCGGAGGUCGCUGGCCGGCGGGCGACCCGUCGGCUGCCGGCUUCCUCCCUGAAACCCGCCGGCGCGCAUGAGGCCGCUGCCCCCGCCGCAGGCACUGGCGCCCCCCUCGCGGUGCCCGUGGUGAUGCCAUGCCCCGCCACCACGCGGGAGGAGAGGAGGGCGGCGCCGCCGGGCUGUGGGUGAAGAGCGGCGCGGCGGCCGCGGCGGGCGGGGGGCGCCUGGGCAGCGGCAUGAAGGAUGUGGAGUCGGGCCGGGGCAGGGUGCUGCUGAACUCAGCAGCCGCCAGGGGCGACGGCCUGCUACUGCUGGGCACCCGCGCGGCUGCGCUCGGCGGCGGCGGCGGCCUGAGGGAGAGCCGCCGGGGCAAGCAGGGGGCCCGGAUGAGCCUGCUGGGGAAGCCGCUCUCCUACACGAGUAGCCAGAGCUGCCGGCGCAACGUCAAGUACCGGCGGGUGCAGAACUAUCUGUACAACGUGCUGGAGAGACCCCGCGGCUGGGCGUUCAUCUACCACGCGUUCGUUUUUCUCCUUGUCUUUGGUUGCUUGAUUUUGUCAGUGUUUUCUACUAUCCCUGAGCACACAAAACUGGCCUCAAGUUGCCUCUUGAUUCUGGAGUUCGUGAUGAUUGUCGUCUUUGGUUUGGAGUUCAUCAUUCGAAUCUGGUCUGCGGGUUGCUGUUGUCGGUACAGAGGAUGGCAAGGAAGAUUGAGGUUUGCCCGAAAGCCCUUCUGUGUUAUAGAUACCAUUGUUCUUAUUGCUUCAAUAGCAGUUGUUUCUGCAAAAACUCAGGGUAAUAUUUUUGCCACGUCUGCACUCAGAAGUCUCCGUUUCCUACAGAUCCUCCGUAUGGUGCGCAUGGACCGAAGGGGAGGCACUUGGAAAUUACUGGGUUCAGUGGUUUAUGCUCACAGCAAGGAAUUAAUCACCGCUUGGUACAUAGGAUUUUUGGUUCUUAUUUUUUCAUCUUUCCUUGUCUACCUGGUGGAAAAGGAUGCCAAUAAAGAGUUUUCUACAUAUGCAGAUGCUCUCUGGUGGGGCACGAUUACAUUGACAACUAUUGGCUAUGGAGACAAAACUCCUUUGACUUGGCUGGGAAGAUUGCUUUCUGCGGGCUUUGCACUCCUUGGCAUUUCGUUCUUUGCACUUCCUGCUGGCAUUCUUGGCUCAGGCUUUGCAUUAAAAGUACAAGAACAGCAUCGCCAGAAACACUUUGAGAAAAGAAGAAACCCAGCCGCCAACCUCAUUCAGUGUGUUUGGCGUAGUUAUGCAGCUGAUGAGAAAUCUGUUUCCAUUGCAACCUGGAAGCCACACUUGAAGGCCUUGCACACCUGCAGCCCUACCAAGAAAGAGCAAGGGGAAGCAUCAAGCAGUAAGUUCUGUAGUAAUAAGCAGAAGCUCUUCAGAAUGUACACCUCACGGAAGCAGAGUCAGAAGCUAAGUUUUAAGGAGCGAGUGCGCAUGGCUAGCCCGAGGGGCCAGAGUAUUAAGAGCCGACAAGCCUCAGUAGGUGACAGGAGGUCCCCGAGCACCGACAUCACAGCCGAGGGCAGCCCCACCAAAGUGCAGAAGAGCUGGAGCUUCAACGACCGAACCCGCUUCCGGCCUUCACUGCGCCUCAAAAGUUCUCAGCCAAAACCAGUGAUAGACGCUGACACAGCACUUGGCACUGACGACGUAUAUGAUGAAAAAGGAUGCCAGUGUGAUGUAUCAGUGGAAGACCUCACUCCACCACUUAAAACUGUCAUUCGAGCUAUCAGAAUUAUGAAAUUUCAUGUUGCAAAACGGAAGUUUAAGGAAACAUUACGCCCAUACGAUGUAAAAGAUGUCAUCGAACAAUAUUCGGCUGGUCAUCUGGACAUGUUGUGUAGAAUUAAAAGCCUUCAAACACGUGUUGAUCAAAUUCUUGGAAAAGGGCAAAUCACAUCAGAUAAGAAGAGCCGAGAGAAAAUAAUGGCAGAACAUGAGACCACAGAUGACCUCAGUAUGCUCGGCCGGGUGGUCAAGGUUGAAAAACAGGUACAGUCCAUUGAGUCCAAGCUGGACUGCCUACUCGACAUCUAUCAGCAGGUCCUCCGGAAAGGCUCUGCCUCCGCCCUCGCUUUGGCUUCAUUCCAGAUCCCACCUUUUGAAUGUGAACAGACAUCUGACUAUCAAAGUCCUGUGGAUAGCAAAGACCUGUCCAGUUCUGCACAAAACAGUGGCUGCUUAUCCAGAUCAGCUAGUGCCAACAUCUCGAGAGGCCUGCAGUUCAUUCUGACGCCAAAUGAGUUCAGUGCUCAGACUUUCUAUGCGCUUAGCCCUACUAUGCAUAGUCAAGCAACACAGGUGCCAAUGAGUCAAAGCGAUGGCUCUGCAGUGGUGGCCACCAACAACAUUGCAAACCAAAUAAACACGGCACCCAAGCCAGCAGCCCCAACAACUUUACAGAUCCCACCUCCUCUCCCAGCCAUCAAGCAUCUGCCUAGGCCAGAGACCCUGCACCCAAACCCCGCAGGCUUACAGGAAAGCAUUUCUGACGUCACCACCUGCCUUGUUGCCUCCAAGGAAAAUAUUCAGGUUGCACAGUCAAAUCUGACCAAGGACCGUUCUCUGAGGAAAAGCUUUGACAUGGGAGGAGAAACUCUGUUGUCUGUCCACCCCAUGGUGCCGAAGGACUUGGGCAAAUCUUUGUCUGUACAAAACCUGAUCAGGUCGACUGAGGAACUGAAUAUACAGCUUUCAGGGAGUGAGUCCAGUGGCUCCAGAGGCAGCCAAGAUUUUUACCCCAAAUGGAGGGAAUCCAAAUUGUUCAUAACUGAUGAAGAGGUGGGUCCCGAAGAGACAGAGACAGACACUUUUGAUGCCGCACCACAGCCUGCCAGGGAAGCUGCUUUUGCGUCAGACUCUCUAAGGACUGGAAGAUCACCAUCAUCUCAGAGUAUUUGUAAGGCAGGAGAAAGUACAGAUGCCCUCAGCUUGCCUCAUGUCAAACUGAAAUAAGUUCAUUGUUUUCUUUCCAGGCAUAGCAGUUCCUUUAGCCAUACAUAUCAUUGCAUGAACUAUUUUGAAAGCCCUUCUAAAAAGUUGAAAUUGCAAGAAUCAGGAGGAAUAUGAAAGGCAGUUUAUAAGCCUGUAAUCUUUUAAUUGCAUGAAAAUGCAUGUUUAGGGAUGGCUGAAAUUCCAAGGUGCAUCAACAUUAACCCAUUCACUUAGUAAUGUACCUUGACUUAAAAAGCCUGAGAAACCAAACACAGCUAACGCUAUGGGGUGUAUGAAUAUGUCAAGAUUAGAUCAUUUAGGAGAUUUGACGCUGUAAUUUCAAAAUCUUGGGAGUAAACACCUUCAAAUUUCAGGCAUUUCUGCUUUGUGACUAAACACGAAAUAUAUUUUCAAAAUUAGGCCAUAAUGUAUAUUUAAACACAAAGGCUAUCAACAGCUGCUAACAAGGUAUCAAGUAAAGCAGAUUUUGGGAAUAAUAGAAAUGGCUGCUUAUUUUAAGAUAUAUUUGCCAACCCAUUCUUAUUCAGUCAUUUUAUUAUUAAUGUAAUUUGAAUGUCAAUUUGUGUGCUUUUGGUGAUUUAGCGCUGUGGCAAGCAAUUUUGCACAUCAUUUUCAUGUUGUUCUUUAUGACAAGAAUGUUCUUCAAUUAGAAAAUGUGCAAAUAAUGAAAUUCAGGGCCAGUGGGGCAAAUAGACUAUUUGACAUAUUUGACUUUAUGGAAACAUAUUCCCUGAUGGCAGAAUCAACUGCAUAAGUGGUCAACUUCUGCACAAGCAUGUGAAAUACUGAUUGGUAGGACAGCCACCAUGAUUGGGCUGGUCUCUCUGCAAUGACACCAACCCCAGGCUUGCCAUUACUGCCCACAUGAAAGGCAAGUGUGAGAAGCUAUUCUCAUUUAGCUGACGUAUUGGUAGGACCCUGGGGAAUGGGACAUUUGAGUGGGACUGAGAUAGGAAAGGCUUGAAAAGAAUCCAGAAACACCACCAGGAAGUAGGCAAAGUUAAAGAAAAUGACUUCCCCCUCAAGGAGCAAUGAGAGGGAAAGAAACAAACCAAAAUAAAAGAAAUAGAUUUUUUAGAAAAUGAGUAUUGCUAGGGAAUUCAACUACCUAAACAUCCCUUAUUCUUAUAUAUAAACAGAGAAUUUUGCAAGGUAUUUAUUUUUUAAUAUGCCCUGAAUGUCUUUUGCUAUUAUGUGUACAUUUUGCAUAUGAAAGGCUAAAAGUAAAGUUCCUUUCCUUUUUAUACUAUGGUGAACAUUUUCUAUUGUCCCCAAGAAUGUUGUUCCAGAUCUGAAAUAACUGGUUCAGUUUCCUGAUAUAUACAUUUACAAUCUGAAGCCAGAUAACACUGGCAGGGUCUGCAAAUCAAAACACUUAACAGUAUAACAUGGCAGCAGAAAGACAAAGGGAAACAAAAUGAAAAAUGUAUUUAUCAAGAAAGCAAGCAUUGCUGACUGCUUGUUAGAAACCAGUUUAGCUAUCUCAGACCAUCAGAACUCCAGCCUAAGUAACAGCAUUCAAAAGGCAAGGAGACAAGAGAUAGCACUUCAAUUCAGUUAAACCCUAGCCACAGAAGGACUCAAGAAAGGAAGAGUUUUUUUCUUGGCAGACAUUAGUGCUACCUCCAGAAAUACUUCUCCAGCAGCUAGGCAGAAUGAACAGGGAUAUCGAGUGGCUGUUCGAAGGAAGGAGGCCCUGAACUCCACCAAUCCUCCCCAACUCUCUCCUCAACAGGCUUUCUCAUUCACUGACUCUCCCCUGCUUUUCUUUUUCUAUUAAUUGCUUAUUGAUUUCCUGCUUCUGAAUUUCGCCAGGCCUUAACCAGCCUCCAUCCCCAAGUAAACCAAUUCACUCUACCUAAAAUGUGUUUCUCAACCUUUUAAAAUCUUUGUCCCUUUUGAUAAACACUGAGAUUUUAAAAGCUUUCUCUUCUCACCCCAUUUGGAUUCUAACACACUCCCCUGGAGUGUAUCAUUCAGAACCUUCUUGGCUGCUGGAGAAACAGAGAAGAUGGAGUCUAAAUUUUACACCCCAGUUAAAAAGAUUUUGUCAAUCUUUUAAAGCAAUUAUUUUCAUUUUCCAAAUAUAGAAUGUUAGUAAGUUAUUAAAUGCAAUUUUUUAUCUACCCAUGUCUCCACCCAACCUGAAGUUGAGAUACACUCUCCCAAGAAUGUUGCACACAUGAAUACACAUGCGCGCGCACACACACACACACACACACACACACACACACAGACACACACACACACACCUCCACUGACCUAAAGCCAGACACCUGCCAGGCACUUGGCAGGCUCUCUCCAAGUAUUAGCUGAGGAAGAGGAGGGAGGCAGCAAUUUUCAGGUAGCACUGAUUCUUGGACAUACUCUGUCCCGGGUCGAACCCCACUGGCAGCAGGAAUUCUGAAUGUAUUGGGGACCCCUUCUUAGGCCUUGUUUGGCCUCAAACACAGUAUAGUUCAUACAGAAUUGCUGAAGACUGAAGAUUCAGAAAGAAAACCUAAAUACAUCACUGAGGUCUUAAUCAUAGCAAAAUGUGAUAAACCACGUUGUGAAAAACUUUUAUACAUUGAAGCCAUGACCAUUUUGUGUCUAUCUUACUCUAGCACAAAAAUUUUUGGAUGUUAAAAGAUAGUUGUAUUGUGUGAAAACUGUAGGAUUCUGUCUGUUGUGUUACUGUCUAUGGAAACGAGAGGGGUCUCCCAUUUACACUUAGCCAAGUCCAUUAGUCAAUCCGAAAUGGUGUCUUGAAGCACAAUUUAGCUGAGCACUGAGUAGCACAUGCUUUCUCAGUUCAAGUUUGUCUGCUUUCUUCAACAUGUAGGGUUGAUCAAGUUACUACUUAAUUACAAACAGCCCUUGUAUGAGAUUAACUAAAAAAUUUUGCUAUGUCUGAUCUAAAUGUUUGCAUUUUGUUCAACUAAAUUAAUAUCUGUAGAUUGCAAGUUUUGUUUAAAAUAAGACAUUUUAUUUAAGUUUUUAAGUCCUUAUCUCCUGUUCUAAGGUGCCUUUCUAACCUCCCAUUGACUCAGUGAUUCUGAAAGUUCUCAAUUUGCAAGUAAAACAAGCCUAAUAGAGAGGAGGAAAUCAGGCACAAAGUGACUAAUUCUCAUGCCCAUUUGCAAAGCAAAACUGUUAAGGAAUGAUGAAACCUCGGCGACUCGAUUAAUGGAUCACUUCAUUCAACCAGAUUAAGGAAAUAUCGUAAAUAUUAACUUAUCUCCCCAGAAGCUGAUAUUUUUUGCCUUAAAUGACAUGGUUGUGUUUUCGUAAGAGAAACUUAAUUUAAUAUAAUUAUGUGCAUUUAAGUGAGCAGUUCUAAAAGUCAUGUAUGACAAUGCCACUGUCUGUUUCCUGAAAACAAAUAAAUCAGGAACAUCAUAUCCAUUUCAAGCUACCAUUAAAAUGUAAUUUCCUUUGCUCUCUUUUACUGGGAUUAUCUGUUUUAAAGUAAAACAUUAAAAAGAUGUCU